AUGAACAAGUGCUGGUCAGGCGUCGGGCCGGGCAACUGCACCGCGCCCGUCGUGCCGAGUCGCGCGUGCGAUGCGGAGCGGUCCCCACCGCCUGCGCCGCCACCCGCUCCGCCCGUGCUUUGCGCCAGACCCUGUUGUCGCGACGCCACUGGCAGAGAUAGCAUCGAACAGCGUCGCGUCGUUGAAGUGGUCCGCAGAGGGGGCGAAAGCGCGGGGGGCGCGCGGCACAAGACGGCUCCGCAGGCCGCAACGACGACGGCACACAGCAAGCAGUUGGCGGCGGGCGGGGCCAACCACCCGCCCCAGCCGCAAGGUAACCACAAACGCUCCGGCUGCGGUGGCGAUGGCGACUACCAGCUGGUGCAACAUGAGGUGCUCUACUCCUCGUCCAAUCGGUACGAGGUGUUGGAGUUCCUCGGGCGAGGUACAUUCGGGCAGGUGGUGAAGUGUUGGAAGAAGGGCACCAAUGAGAUAGUUGCCAUCAAGAUCCUCAAGAACCAUCCCAGCUAUGCUCGUCAAGGACAGAUUGAGGUGUCAAUACUCUCCCGCCUCUCGCAAGAGUCGGCGGACGAGUUCAACUUCGUCCGUGCCUACGAGUGCUUCCAGCACCGGUCACAUACGUGUCUGGUGUUUGAGAUGCUGGAACAGAACCUGUACGACUUCCUAAAGCAGAACAAGUUCUCACCACUGCCUCUCAAAUACAUCAGGCCAAUACUACAACAAGUGCUAACGGCGCUGCUUAAACUCAAGCAACUGGGUCUGAUCCACGCUGACCUGAAGCCAGAGAACAUCAUGUUGGUAGAGCCAGCUAGGCAGCCGUAUCGUGUCAAGGUCAUCGACUUCGGCAGUGCGUCUCACGUUAGCAAGGCUGUUUGUAACACCUACUUACAAAGCAGAUACUAUAGAGCACCGGAGAUAAUCCUGGGGCUAGCAUUCUGCGAGGCGAUCGACAUGUGGUCAUUAGGGUGCGUGGUGGCUGAACUGUUCUUAGGCUGGCCUUUAUAUCCGGGCUCCUCGGAAUAUGAUCAAAUACGAUACAUCUCGCAGACGCAGGGACUUCCCACGGAGCAUAUGCUUAACAGCGCAAGUAAAACGGCAAAGUUCUUCUACCGCGACGUGGACAGUACAUACCCGUUCUGGAGGCUCAAGACGCCCGAGGAGCACGAGAUAGAGACUGGCAUCAAGAGUAAAGAGGCGAGGAAGUACAUCUUUAACUGUCUUGACGACAUUGGACAGGUCAAUGUACCAACAGAUCUUGAAGGCGGUCAACUGUUGGCUGAGAAAGCUGAUAGGAGGGAGUUCAUCGAUUUAUUGAAAAGGAUGCUUACAAUGGACCAAGAAAGAAGGAUAACACCCGGCGAAGCGUUGAAUCACGCGUUCGUCACACUCGCCCACCUCGUCGACUACGCGCAUUGUAACAAUGUCAAAGCCUCCGUCCAAAUGAUGGAGGUUUGCCGUCGCUCGGGCUCCGGCGUGGGCGGCGUGGGCGGCGUGGGCGGGGUGGGCGGCGUGGGCUCCGGCAGCGAGUACGUGGGCAGCGUGGUGGGGCCCGCCGCCGCGCCCGCGCACCACCUGGCGCUCACCAUCAACCAGCAGCGCCUGCGCGCCGCGCCCUACGACAACAUCUAUCAGCUGUACCAGGGAGGACGCGUGGCAGUGGGCGGCGCGAGGCAGUACGCCACUCGAGCCGCCGAGCCCUUCCCGCACCAAUUCGUCUCGUCUAUACUGUGCCAGCCUAGCCACUAUCAGGUGCAGCAACUGGCGGCUGCGGCCGCAGCGGCGGCGGCGGCGCACCACCAGCACGGCGUGGCCGGGGUGGGCGGCGUGGCGGGCGUGGCCGGCGUGGCCGACGUGGGCGGCGUGGGCGAGUGGCGCGCGCCUCUCAUCGUCGAGCCCGCGCCGCUACCCGAGCCCGACGUGUGGGACACCUUUCAUCCGCACCACCCGCAGCACCAUCACCCGCAUAAGAGGUCCACUAAGCAACAGACGAGCGUGGUACCUCACUAUCAGCCACAUCACCCAAGUCUUCAAUACAGCAUGGCAAGCAGCAGCGGUAAGAAAGAACCGACUCAACUAUCGCCGGUGAAGAAACGAGUGAAGGAGGGCACGCCGCCCUCAAGGCAUAGACAUCAUCAUCACGACCACACUAUCAUCGAUGUCGGUUCGUCUAACCCGCCUGUAUGCGCUAGGAACGCUCGCGGCUCGUGGGAGCCUGCGCAGGCGCUGGCGGCCGCGCCCGCGCCCCCCGCUCCCCCCGGCCCGCCCGCGCACACCAUCACCAUCCGCGACACGCCCUCGCCCGCCGUCUCCGUCAUCACCAUCUCGGACUCGGACGAUGACGCCGACCAGCCGCGCCGCAAUAGGCACCAGCACAGCAAUCAGCCGCAUAACAAUACUGGCGGCAGCGGCAGCGGGAGCGGCGAUUGCGCGUCGGCGGCGGGCGCGCCCGGCGUCAUCUGCUCGGCGCGGGACGCACGCGACGAGCGGCACGUCAAGCACGAGCCGCACCAGGCCUGCCACCACCACCACUCGCAGCCACAACUGGCUCAGCCGCAGCAGGCGCAACCGCAACAGGCACAACCGCAGCAGCCUACCCAACAGCAACAGCAGCAAGUCCAACAGCAGCCGCAGCAACAGCAGCAGCCUAACAUGACGCGCGUGACGUCCGGUACGAGCGCGCAGACGACCCCGCAGUCGCAGAAGAAGCGCCUGCUCGCGCUUGCGCAGCAGGAGGCGCAGGCCAAGCGCGAGCUGCACCACGACCACACGCACGCGCACGCGCACCUGCCUCCCAGUGGUUCGACUGUACGUCAAACGAACGACUAUCAAUGCAAUCAGUACGUGCCACCGCAACAUAAUAAAAGGGAUAGCAGUGGUGGAUGUCGCGAAUACAUAACCAACGCGAGCGGAGUGAGCGGGGUGAGCGCAGUGAACGGAGUGGGCGGAGUGAGCGGUGUGAGCGGCGUGAGCGUGAGCGUGAGCGGGCCGCCCGCCGCACACAAGCACGCCGCGCCGCACGCCUGGCACCACCACCCACACCCGCACUACAAGACCAGUAGCGGUGGUGUCCUGUCUCCGGGUGGUGGGGUGUCCCCGGGGUAUAUGCCCCAACCACUGUAUGUGCCCACCUACCACUACCACACCGGUGGAGUUAGCAGUGUAGGCGGUGUAGCGGGACCGCCCCCAGCUCACCACGCCAGCGGUGCCCGCCUCCCAGGCUACUUACAGCCUUACUCCCCCACUUAUUUAGUCCCGCAGCACCACCAGCAGCACCUGUGGUACACCGACUGA